GACUCAUUCAAAUCGAAGGAACCCAAAAGUCCCGCUCCAAGCAUUCAACCCAAAUAUAUCCAUCUAUCUCUGGAGAUUAAGUUAGGGCUUGUCUCCUUCACCUUCGACCUCACCCUCUAUCUCUAGCCGUCAAAUAUCGCUUGGAGGUUCACUACUUCUCAUGCUAUAAAAACUAGCAGGAUGACCAAUUUAAGCAUGAGGGAUUUGUUUAAAAAUUUGGACUUUCUUCUUCCUCGCCAGUUUCAGAUAAGCUUGAAGAAUAAGAAGAUUUGCUGGAGUACUGUGAUUUUUCAGGAGGAAUGUAAGUUCACUAACCUGCUGAUUAAAUGGAUAUCGAUUACUCACCGGUUUAAUGGUUUCCCCUUUUUAGAGCGGAUGUCAAAGCUACUUUGGAGUGUUGAGUCGAGGAUGGUUUUUGUGUGGAUGAUGGUUCAUUCUCCAUGGAUGAAUUGUACAUACAGAUCUAUCCAUUUUUGCUUCUUUGAGGUCCGGUUUUUUAAUGAACCGAUCGACGGUGUUUGGUGGUUGGCCUGCAAACAGUUUUUAUGCGAUAAAACAAGUAAUCUGACCGGUUGCUGGUUGAAUUGGUCAAACCGACGGUGUUGAAAACCAUGUCAGACGCAUAGGAAACUUUCGGAUCCAUCGUGUUAAGGUUCUGGAUGGCUGGAUUCAUCUUUAGGAGAAAUUUGUUUAGAACCAUGGAAAGUUCGGAUAAGGUUUUUGCAGGUGAUCCCAAAGGGCCUAUCCUCCGACAACGCUGACUUCAACAUUAAAGGGACUCGAGAAGCUUCUGGAGAUAUCCGUAUCAGAGAGGCUGCAGCAAUGUCCAACAUGAUACCUGAUGCUUUUUUGAACUUCACAAAUCUUUCCUAAAAUUACCAGCAAAGAAAAUCUUGUUAUGAUAUAAUUAAUUACAUUCUUAAAACAAACUUCCAAACAUGUUGACAUUAAUCCAUUUGAAGUAUUUGCAUUGUUGUUUCCAACGAUAUUAUUUCAAUUAUAUUUGUCGCGUUUGUUGGUUUCUUCCAUAUAUAAAUCCAAUGAAAAG